AUGGAGUUUGCUCGUUGGCGCAGUUACGAACGGAGAGGUGUAGCAACAUCCACACCAUACAAAGGAGAGGGCACAGCAAAACCUCCUGGACCACCAGUAUCGAGUCUUUCAGACUCUUCGGAUCAUGACAGGGGUAAAGAAAUGGUCCUUUCAGGUGUAGAGGAGUUGAUCACAGCAAGUGAAAAAGUUGACGUGCUUGAAUCAAGUAUGCACUCGUUGGCAAUUUCUGAAAAACAUGAUGACGACCUAGAGGCUGCUAAUGAUUUGCAGAAUAGUAUGAUUGAGAUGGAGGAAGCUGUUUGCUGGGAAGAUGACGACUCUGAUGAGGAUUAUGUUCCUUUCCUCUAUCUACGAUCUACUGGAGCUUCAAGGGCAGAAAUUGACAAGCUUCCUGAAAUACACAUAGAUGAGGCUGUGCUGGAUGUAGAGGAGGUGCCCAUAGUUCCUGAAGAAGAUCAACACAUUCCUGUAAGACACAAGGUUGAGACUGUAGAGGACCUCGUAGGAAAGGAAGCGAGCAUCUGCUACAAUGACAACUUGCUCUCUCUUGCAAGGUACAUGCAGUUGCCUUUGUACUUGGUGAUGGCAGAAUGGACUCCCCUGGCCACUGUGCACAAUUUUGUACAUACACCAUGA